AUGGACAGGCUCCUGGCCCAUUGCGGGCAUUCCUCAGGCCAGGAGCGGUUCAUGGACAGCAACGUAAUGGAGAAAGAGCGCGGCAUCACUAUUAGCUCCAAGUACACCUCGCUGCAGUAUGGGAAGUACACCCUGAAUGCAGUGGACACUCCAGGUCACGCCGACUUUGGUGGCGAGGUGGAACGGAUCUUGGGGAUGGUGGAUGGAGCAGUGCUGCUGGUGGACGCAAACGAGGGCCCGCUGCAACAGACAAAAUUCGUCGUGGAGAAGGCCCUCAAAGCCGGCAUCCGCCCCUUAGUGGUGCUCAACAAGGUGGACCGGUCAGGAGCCACCGAGCAACGGUGCGGUGAAGUGGAGAGCAAUAUCUUUGACCUGUUUGCCCAGAUGGGCGCCACAGAGGAGCAGCUGGACUUUCAAGUGCUCUACGCCUCAGCACGAGAGGGCUGGGCAAGCACGAGCCUGCCAGAGCAAGGCAUAAAGCCCGAGGGCGCGUCGGUGGCUCCCUUGCUGGAUGCGAUAGUGAAGCAUGUGCCGCCGCCUGCCGGCGACCUGGGGGCACCCUUUGCCAUGCUGGUGGCCAUGGUUGAGCACGAUGCCUUCCUAGGCCCCAUCGCGACCGGGCGGGUCGCGGCCGGCACCGCUCGCGUGGGAGACCGCGUCCGCGUGCUGCACCACACCGGGAAUCCUGGGGAGGAGGGGCGGCUGACGAAGAUCUGGAAGCGGUCGGGACUGGGCCGCUUAGAGCUGGAGGCGGCCGGCGCGGGCGACAUUGUGUCUGUCACCGGCGCCGGUACCGCGCGCAUUGCUGACACCGUCGGCAGCCUCGACUUGGAAGAAGCCCUCGCUCCCGGCAUCAUUGAACCCCCCACCCUCAGCAUGGUGUUCUCGCCAAACGACUCGCCGCUGGCGGGGAGGGAGGGAACGCACCUGACCGGCAGCAAGAUUGGGGAGCGGCUGGCAGCCGAGGCGGCCACGAGCGUGUCGCUGCGCGUCGUCCCCGUCGACGGCGGCGGCGAGGCCUUUGAGGUGCAGGCGCGCGGCGAGCUGCAGCUCGGCCUCCUCAUAGAGAACAUGCGGCGGGAGGGCUUCGAGCUGUCGGUGUCGCCGCCGCGUGUUGUGUACCGGGAGGAGGGCGGCCACAAGCUGGAGCCGCUCGAGGAGGUCAUCUGCGAGAUCGAGGAAGAACAGGCCGGCAGCGUCAUCGAGGCGCUGUCGCUGCGCAAGGCGGAGCUGGUGGAGAUGGUGCCUCAGGCGGGCGGCAAGCAGCGGCUGGUCUUCGAGGCGCCCAGCCGCGGCCUCAUCGGCUUCCGCUCGGCAUUCGCGACGCUCACGCGCGGCACCGGCAUCCUGCACCGCGCAUUCGCCCGCUACGGCCGCUUCAAGGGGGCCCUUGACGGCGUCCGCAAGGGCGUUCUCAUCUCCACCGCCGACGGCAAGACGACGCUGCAUGCGCUGGGCAGCUUGGAGGCGCGCGGUAGCCUGUUCGCGGGGGUAGGCACGGAGGUGUACGCGGGGAUGAUCAUCGGGGAGUGCGCGCGCGACAACAACAUGGAGGUCAAUCCCGUGCGCGAGAAGAAGCUCACUAACGUCAGGGCCUCCGGCGCCGACGAAAAGACGUACCUGACUCCCCCGCGCGCAAUGACUCUUGAGGAUGCCAUUGGGUAUGUGGCGGGUGAUGAGCUAAUGGAGGUCACCCCCAAGAGCAUCCGGCUGAGGAAGCGGAUGCUGGACAGCAGCCAACGCAAGAGCCUCAAGCGCAAGACCGGAUGA